AUGAGUCUGCUUCCUCGCACCGCGGGUGAGUUCAGUUCUGCUGAAUACUGGGAACGGUUUUUCAAGAAGCGAGGGGAAAAGGCGUUUGAGUGGUAUGGAGACUACAAUAAACUAUGCGGGCUUCUGCACAAAUACAUCAAAGUGAAAGGAAAGGUGCUGGUGGUUGGAUGUGGUAACUCUGAACUCAGUGAACAGAUGUACGAUGUUGGCUACAAACAUCUUAUAAACAUUGACAUCAGUGAGACCGUUAUAAACCACAUGAAUCAAAGAAAUGUUGAGCGAAGGCCUGAUCUUAGCUUCAGGCAGAUGGAUGCAACCAAAACACCUUUUGAGGAUAGCAGUUUUCAGGCCGUUUUGGACAAAGGUACCCUGGACGCAAUGGCAUCUGAGGAAGAAGGAGCACUGGCUUCAAAUAUGCUCACAGAGAUGAGUAGAGUUCUGAGUGUUGGUGGGAGGUAUGUCUGCAUCACACUGGCCCAGGAGAGCGUCAUAAAGUUAGCUGUAGAACACUUUGUCUCUCUUGGCUGGGCAGCGCGGCUCCACUGUCUACAAAAUGACCCUGAGAGCGAGGAGGACUCUUUCGCUUUGCCUGUGUUCGUCAUGGUCUGCACCAAGUUUCGCCAGCCAAUGCCUAGUCCCAUUCUGGAGAUCUGUCUUGGAGAGGAUGGCCCUCCAACUCGCUUCACUCAAAUUUCAGAGCUGUUGUCAACCGUGAGAGAACAUCAGGCUUAUUCUGUGCUGAGAAAGAGGCUUCGGACAUGCACAGAUGUCAGCUCAAAUGUCGCACUCACACUAUGCCACACAAAGACAGGCCUCCCCAGAUAUACUCUAACCAUUCAGGACUCUGCUCCUGGUGCCAAAGUACCCAAAGCCAACCACUUUGCCAUCUUUAUUGUACCACAAGGAAGUGAGACAGCUUGGUUAUAUAGUUCUGCUGAAGGCCAAGAACAGUUAGCAGCGAGUGCUAACUUCAGACGAUUGGUAAUUGUUGGGAUGCACCGGAAUCAAGAGUACACCAGUAUGGAAGCUGUCCAGACUGAGCUUUCACCUAUGGUAAUGGACUUGGCUCCUCCUGCAAUGCCCCCUAACCACCAGGUGCCGUUUUUGUCUGCAACUGGUGACUUAGGUUGGCGUGAGGUGGUCAGCACAGGGACUAGUGAGCUGAGUGGUGACUUUUGUGUGGAAAAUGUCAGAGGAGAAGAUUGUGAACUAUACCGAAGACUAGUGUUUUUAUCCAACACUGCCCUCAUUCAAUCUGAGAGCAAACUUGUUUCUCCGAAUGCAGCUGGGCACAAGAAAAAAGGCAAAAAGAAAGUCAAGCCAACAACUCCCUCAUCAGUGCCCUCCUCUUCAUUGUCAGUGGACCCAGGCUUUCUCUGCUGUGAACAUCACAGACUGAUGGUCGCUGGUCUGUCCAUGCUUGGGAUCAAUUCAUGUCAGAAAAAUGUGUCAGUGCUUCUGGUGGGACUGGGAGGAGGGAGCUUGCCCCAGUUUCUCCGAGACUUUGUUCCCGGUGUUACAGUCGAAGUCGUUGAACUGGAUCCUUGUGUGUUGGAAGUAGCAAAGGAGUGGUUUGGCUUCAGACCAGACGAGCGCCUCACUGUAACUCUUGGGGAUGGCCUUGAACGAAUCAUAUGCUAUGAAAAAGAAGGGCGCUUGUUUGAUGCUAUAAUGUUUGAUGUUGAUAACAAGGAUAAUACAGUGGGCAUGAGCUGUCCACCUGCAUCAUUUGUUGAGGUCUCCAUUCUUCAGAAAGUUUGCAGCCUGCUAACUCCAACCGGGGUUUUCAUUCUGAACCUUGUAUGCCGUGACUCCCUCUUGACAAAAUGUCUUUUGGAGCGAUUGAAGACAAUUUUCCACACCAUUAUCUCGGGCGAUGUUGAAGGAGAAGUCAAUCAAUGGAGGUUUAGCAGUCCAGGUGGCUUUGUUGUGAUGGGGAACCGGGGGAUGGAGGAGCUCAUCCCGCUGCUCAACCGACUCCAGUCCGCCCUGAGCUCCGUGGACAGCGGGCAAGACUACAGCCUCCACCUGCCGCAGAUAGCAGUGGUAGGAGCUCAGAGUUCGGGCAAGAGCUCUGUCCUGGAGAACUUCGUGGGCAGGUAA